UAAGGAAUCCUGAACUGGGAGAAGACAUUGUGAGUACACCUAUCCCAUCAUUCACAAAUCAUUAGCAUAUCUUGUUGUUAAAGCAAUAGUUUAACUUAGAUUUAAAUAUCUGUCAUUAUUUCGAGGUCGACGAUUUUCUCUAAAAUGUCUACAAAUCUAAUCACAUUUUAAUCAUAACAAAGUAUCAGUAAGCUGAUAAAGAUUGUGUUACAUUUUGAAAACAAUAAACUUUUUUUUUUACCUCCACCUUAAUGUCAAACAUUUUUUAAUAGUUAAUAAAAAUGUUAUAAUUUGAUUAAAAUAAUUAAACCUGCUAGUUUUUUUAAAACACAACUUUUGGCGCUUUUUAAAUGAUAUUUUCUAAAUCUUCUUUUAUCUCCCGAUCUACAGGACAACAGGCGGCGCAAGAGUCACGACUCCAAGAGUCACAAAAAACACAAGAGCCGAUCAAAGUCUCGAUCUCGUUCGCGAGAUCCGGACAGGGUCAGCAGACGCCACAGCAGCCACGACCAGACGCCCAUACUGCCGAUGGAGGGUGACAUCAUUCUGCAGACACCCAAUGCCGACACGCAACAGUUCUCCCGGAAGAACUCCGAGGGGCGCCGCCACAGCGUGGACAGCAACAGCAACCCGGGGCGCCGCCGCCACAGCGGAGACAUCAACAAUAACCCACUGGGGACCUACUUCAUCAACCCGAUGAUGAACGGCGUCCAGGGCGAGUACAUUACUCCAGCUUACCCCAACGGCCGAAAUGAAAUAAACUUUGCCGCAGAGGGCGGCCAGUAUUCCAUCACAAAUGUCAAAACUGUUGUGGGGCCCAUCCACAAGUCCAACAGCCGCGGUUCCUUCGGGCAGACGAUCCUCCAGGAGCGGGAAAGGACGAUGAACUUCAGUGACGAGGACGCCGACGACGAGGAGCCAGAGUCUCAUCUCGCUAACCGCAGUCCAAAACGAGGAGACGAGAUUCCCUUUGUGCCGGGGCCCAACGUAUUUUCCGAGAGAGUUUUCAGCUACUCCAGAAAACUGGAUCUUGAGAGUCAAGUAUCCACACCCAGAGAGGAUUAUCCGUUAUCCUCACAAGUGCCCACGAAGAAUUCAGACGCAGACGUGAUUCCACAAGGAGGCAUCGACGACAUUAUUGCGUUGGCCGACCCGGGACUGCAGUAUAAAGAGACCCAGGAAGGAACAACUUCCUUCCAUCGUCAAGACCCGACUCUGGGGCGCCCAUCAUCUCCACCCCAGAUAGGGCGCCCCCCUUCACCCAAUUUCUUUCACAGACCCCCGUCUCCGGUUGUCGCCACCAGGUCCCCUAGCCCCCCACGUGAGACGGCGCCCACACCGGCCAAAAAACCACCCGCCUCACCUUUCAACUUCAGACAGCCAACUUCUCAAUUUUAUAGCAGACCCCCAAGCCCCCCUAAUGUUAACAGGCCCCCGAGUCCAUUUUUCGACGAAAGACCCCCUACGCCGCCUUUCCAAACACCCACCCGCCGCACCUUUCCACUUCAGACAGCCAACUUCUCAAUUUUAUAGCAGACCCCCAAGCCCCCCUAAUGUUAACAGGCCCCCGAGUCCAUUUUUCGACGAAAGACCCCCUACGCCGCCUUUCGAUGGCUCCAUCGACAACCGUGAGGAUUUGUUCCCGCCAUCGAACACCAUCAUCAGGGAAACCAAAUCUGUUGUCGAAACUACAACAUAUCGAGUGUCCACCCCUCCCCCUGAUAUGUCCUCCUCAGACGAGGAUGAUAUGCCGAGGGGAAAACUCGGGGGCUCAAUGAAACCUCCGACACCCCCACCGCUCCCCCAUAAGUUCGGGAGUGUCAAGACCCGGGUGCCCACUCCCCCGCCGGGAUUGAUUAGCCAUAAGGAAAUUGACAUUGAUGACAUUCUCAAGCUGGGUGACCCGCCCAGGUCCGAUAACUUGAGGAAACCUCCGUUGACACACAGCCCGAGUCAGGAGCCGGGGUUGCCUUUCCUUGCGGAGAUCAAGAAACGGUACAAAUCAUACGAGGAAGAGACCCACAUCUCCUCGAAGCCGAGCCUCCACCAAAGCCACCCCAAGCCUUCAUCUUCUCCCCUUGGGCUUUCCAAGCCACACAGUAACAACGCUGGCGACCUUGACGAGCAAGUGCCUCUGAGACGACCAGCCGUGCUACCCAAACGGCCGUCCACUGUCCAGUUCGCUGAUGACCCCCCGGAGAUCAUACCGAGGGCUGACGACCCCGAGAGCCCCAGAGGACUAGAGCCUCCCCCACACUCAUUUUCUGGAAGUGCGCCACCUCCACCACCCCCACCGCCACCCCCGCCUCCCCCUCCGAUGCUGAGAUAAAAGGAAGAGCUUGUCUUUCGGUGCCUAUGUUUACGAUUUCAUUAGCUUUUCAUGUCAUGUCAGGGACACGCCUCACUGACACGGUAGUUAAUUUAAGAGGCUCAAUACAAAGUAACGAAAGAAUGAAACUGUUCUGUUAGAAACGUGUCCUUAAGAAAGAAACUGUUCUGUUAGAAACGUGUCUUUAAGAAUGAAACUGUUCUGUUAGAAACGUGUCUUUAAGAAUGAAACUGUUCUGUUAGAAACGUGUCUUUAAGUAUGAAACUGUUUUGUUAGAAACGUGUCUUUAAGUAUGAAACUGAUCUGUUAGAAACGUGUCUUUAAGAAUGAAACUGUUCUGUUAGAAACGUGUCUUUAAGAAUGAAACUGUUCUGUUAGAAACGUGUCUUUAAGUAUGAAACUGAUCUGUUAGAAACGUGUCUUUAAGUAUGAAACUGAUCUGUUAGAAACGUGUCUUUAAGAAUGAAACUGUUCUGUUAGAAACGUGUCUUUAAGAAUGAAACUGUUCUGUUAGAAACGUGUCUUUAAGAAUGAAACUGCUCUGUUAGAAACGUGUCUUUAAGAAUGAAACUGUUCUGUUAGAAACGUGUCUUUAAGAAUGAAACUGAUCUGUUAGAAACGUGUCUUUAAGAAUGAAACUGUUCUGUUAGAAAAGUGUCUUUAAGUACGAAACUGAUCUGUUAGAAACGUGUCUAAAGACUCAAAUAAUAUUUAACAAAUGCAUAUUCCAGUGCACAGGAGAGAUUUACCUUUUUUUCAAAUGUUCAAAUAAAUUAUUGAUUGUAAAUUGAAUGUCCAGAACUUUUUUUAUCUUAGUUAUAAACAAUGACCCCUAGUGAUGAUGUCAAAUUUGCAAUGAUGACAUGCUUUUCGCUUAGAAUCCCCACAGAUGAUGUCUCUUUUCUCAAGUCCUUUCAACUCAGUGGUUAUUUGGGACAGAAGUGAAUACAUCCACCGGGGCGUGAUCUCUGCAUAUACAAUGUGGGUCCAAGCUUUCCUCAAUGAUGUGUGUGGGGCUACUGGAAACAUUUAUGGCGGUUCUCAGACGAAUAUUGUCAUUUAAAGUUCCAAUGGUUUUCGGGUGUUUGCUUAAACGUGAGAGUAAAUGAUGGGCGCAAAUCUACGCAACAAUUUAAGUUUUUUUUUUUUUUUAAUUUUAAAUUGCGAACGGUUUGCCAGAGGCAGGUGUGUAAAUGGCGGUGGUAAAUUGGCAAAUGUGUGUUUUGGGUAGUCUGUUUAGAUUUAUGACGGUGCUUCGUCAUCAUUUGAAACACUGGGGAAAAUCAGACAUUAAGACUUUUAUUAAAAUUAAAGGGUAAUUUGACAGACCAGCCACGAGGAAUGCACGUGUGUAUAACUCCUUUAGUUGUGUAUUAUAUAUAUCUAAAGAGUUGUUUUAAUACCAUGCAUGUUUUUUGAGAGUGUCAAUUGAGAGUGCCAAUUGCUUAUGAUAUCACUGAUCCUAUCACUUAUCCUA